AUGAAGCGAAGCGGUGCGGUGAGGGGCAUGCUGGGCGUGAUUUCACGGCAACUGGGCCACCGAGCCGUGCCGGUGCAACCCGCAACAAAGUACCGGAUUGCCAUAAUUGGUGGAGGUUCCUCAGGCGUUUCCGUGGCUUCACAGCUCUGCAGAAAGCUGCCGCAGAGUGAACACAGCGGCAUCGCGGUCAUCGAGCCCAGGGAUCAGCACCUUUACAUGCCCUACUGGACGAUGGUUGGUGGAUUGGGACUAGAUGUCAAGAACUCCGCACGACCGAUGGAGCAGGUGAUGCCUCACCACGUGCAGUGGAUCAAGGAGAAGUGCCUCACCUUCCAGCCGGAGCAGAACAAGUUGACCUUGGCGAGCGGCCAGCAGAUUGAGUACGAUAUCCUGGUCGUGGCUGCCGGGCUGCAGCAGAACUUUGGAGCUGUGACAGGACUCCCGGAGACCAUGGGAAAGAACGGCGUUGCCUCAAUCUACUCCUUUGAUUACUCGCCAAGUGUUUGGGCCAACAUCCAGAACAUGCAGACAGGGAAAGCCAUCUUCACCAACCCGGGCACAGCCGUCAACUGUGGUGGCGCACCACAGAAGAUUUGCUACCUGGCCGAAGCGGCAUGGCGUCAACGAGGAGUUCGUGACAACAUCGAGAUCGAGUUCUGCACGGCAACCCCAGGUCAUGAAGUCAAAGAGAACCCUGGCCUGGAAGUGAAUAACUACUGCAAGACAGAAAUGUGGCUUUGCAUCAUCCAAGACAUCACUCCGCAUGUCAAGACGAAUCUCGUGGAAGUCGAUGGGGACAGGAAGAUCGCGACCUUUGAAAAGGAAGGUGGUGAGUUGCUGACGAAAGAGUUCGACUUUCUCCAUGUCACGCCCCCAAUGAGUGCACCAGACUUCAUCAGGAAUAGCCCCCUCGCAAACGCGGCUGGAUUCGUCGAUGUGGACAAGGAGACUUGCCAGCACAACAAGUUCUCCAAUAUCUUCUCCCUCGGCGACUGCUCCUCGCUCCCGACCUCGAAGACGUACUCGGCCAUCUCAUCCCAGGCUCCAGUCGUCACCUACAACGUGCAGGCUCUGCUGUCCGGCAGAGAGGCCACUUCCACCUACGAUGGCUACACGGCAUGUCCCGUGCUUCUGGGGGACAGCAAACUGCUGCUCGCGGAGUUCAACGGCUACACGAUGGAAGCCACUCCGACUUUCGUUCCGCUGGACCAGACAAAGCCCAACACUUUGUUUUAUUGGUUGAAGCGGUACGUCUUCGAGCACGUCUACUGGCAUUCUAUGCCCCUAGGACGAUGGUACGGCAAGUACAUGUGGUUUGAGCCGUCAGUGAAGCACAAGGCCAAGGCCGCCAAGCCGAAUGCCUUCAAGGCUUCCGUGCCCAUAGCCGGUGCAGGUGAGGCCGCGACCCAGGGCGCGGCUGCCAUGACCGACAGCCUCAAGCCUGAGCUCUUCGGUGUGAGCACGCCAAAUAUCCCGGGAGACGUCAGCCUGUCAGGAAACCUCGACGUGGCGAUCAUUGAACAGCUUGCUCCGCGUUACAAAGGCUGGCUCUACCUCAACCCAGCAGAAAACAAGCACUUCCACAAGAAGGAGAUCGAAGCAGCGGGGUGCCAGGUGGAGGUGGCGCCCAUUCCCAACCCUGCUGGUAGCCAAAAAGCCACAGCAGAGCAUGCGGCAGCAGUCGUGGCGGCCAUGGACCGGCUCCCCAGGCCUCUGAUGGUUCAGUGCACCUCGGGCAACCGUGCCGGUGCCGCGCUGCUGCUGGCGCAGGCCAAAGCGUUGGGGCACAACAGGGCAUCCGCCUCUCUUUUGGCAGAGGACUUAGACCUCAAGUUCUGGACGAAGUGCUCCGAGUGCGGGCCCAUCAAGGACUGGGUGCUCGACCAGCUGCCCGCACCCAACGAGGAGGGGCAGCACACCACUGCACCCACGAAGUCAGCAGUCAUUGAGCAGCUUUUUGACCACAAGGGCAGCUCUACGUUCUCUUACCUCGUCGGCUGUGCGCACAGCCAGGAGGCGGUGUUGAUCGACCCAGUUCUGGGCAUGGAGACCCGGGAUCUAGGCUUGGCCGAGGAGCUGGGCUUCAAGGUGAAGUACGUUGUGAACACCCAUUGCCAUGCAGAUCACAUCACCUCCGGUGGUGCCAUCAAGAAGCUCCAUCCAGAGGUGAAGACCAUGAUCUCGGAAGCCUCUGGCGCUGCCGCAGAUAUCAAGCUGAAGGAUGGCGACAAGAUCGAGUUUGGCGAGUAUGCGCUCGAGGCCCUGGCCACACCGGGACACACAGACGGAUGCAUGUGUUUCGUGCUGCUCGGCCCAGAUGCGCCCAGGGCAGUCUUCACCGGUGAUACCUUGCUGAUUCGAGGCUGCGGCAGAACCGACUUCCAGCAGGGCGACGCUGCGCGACUCUUUGACAUGGUUCACCAGAAGAUCUUCACCCUGCCCGAGGACACGAAGAUCUAUCCAGGUCAUGACUACAAAGGGAGAAACGUAUCAACCGUGGCAGAAGAGAAGAAGUUCAAUCCUCGACUGACGCAGAACAAGGAAGAGUUUAUCAAGACCAUGAAGGAUCUCAAGCUGCCGUACCCGAAGAUGAUGGACGUGGCUCUCCAUGCCGAGGCCGGGGCAAGGGCAUCUCCUCUCCUCGCUCUAAGGCACUUCUUCUUCCCGACACGUCCAGUUGCAUACCGAAUGCUAAGCCUGCUAAGCACGGUGAAGGGUAAACAGAUUCUCAGGCCCUGUGCUGCCCUGGCCUGGAGCCCCGACGGGCGGCGGCUCCUUUCUGCAUCCAGCGACGGUACGGUGAGGCUUUGGACUCUUCCAGGCGCCGUGGAGCCGGAGAUCUUCGCGAGACAUACAGACUCCGUGUCUGCUGUGGCCUGGCUCCCCGAUGGCGAGCACUUCCUGUCAGCAGGAUUUGACAGGUGUCUCUUGCUCUGGAAGAGUGAUGGCGACUUGCAGCACCGCUGGGAGCUUCAAUGCAGGGUGCAGGAUCUGGCUACCACCAGGGAUGGAUCGCGAGUGCUUGUCGUGGACUCUGACAAAGGUAUCAAGGUCUUCGACGUCGCCUCGCGGAAGGAGUUGGCACCACUACCUGAGAGCGACGCAGUCACUUCCAUCAGUGCCUCACGGCUCCGGGAUGAGUUCCUCGUCAACGUGGCGCAGCAUGUCUCUGCUCUGCAGCAGGGCCCGAGUGUCCGGCUGUGGGAUCUCCAGACCCGGCGGGUGGCCCAGCGGUACGUGGGGCACUUUCAGGGGCGCUUCGUUGUGCGGAGCGCCUUCAUCGGCGAGCGUGAGGAGCUAGUGGCGAGUGGAUCGGAGGAUGCGCAGGUCUACAUAUGGCAUCGACAUUAUGGAUCGCUGCUGCAGGUCCUGCCAGGGCACACUGCAACGGUGAACUCAGUGUGUUGGAUGCAGGGACCUGCCCCUGCCGGUGAGCCGAGCGGCUGGCUGGUGUCGGCCUCCGAUGACUGUACUCUCAGGGUUUGGGGAACCGAAGCUGCAGAGAUGGAUGAAGCCGAGUCUGCAGAGGAGGAACCCGCGGCCGCUGUAUCUGGAGCAGAGGAUGUUGAUCAGAGGCACGGGGCAGAAGACCCCGAACGCGCAGGCUUUGCAGCUUCUUUCCAUUUAGAAGCACUGGAGGGCAGCGAUGUCUCCAGUUGA